UGAUAUGCAAAAAUGCUGCAUAAAGUAGCUUUCCGGCCAUGUCUUAAGACUUAAGUGGCUUUUCUGUACUCCGUUUCUGUAACGGGGUAUGAAAUUUCCCAGAAAGCAACGAACAGCCCGACUUUAGAGAUGCACUCCCAGAAUAAAUCACUUCCAUCCAAGGAUACGCUGGGCCAUUAUGGAGUAGACCCGAUUUCAAUUCGUAAUCAGCACGGAUCUUUUGAAUGAAGAAGAUGAGAAAAAGCUUUUCGGCCUCAUCACUCAUCAUCACUUUCUUCGCCCUGCUUUGGACGCGGUGGCCAGGGGCGGCGGCGGAAGCGGCGGCGGGGAAGUGGUGUGUGGCGAGGAGCGAUGCGGAUGUGGGAUCGCUUCAGUCAGCGCUGCAAUGGGCCUGCGGAAACGAUCCCGAAAGCUGUAGGGGGAUCCAGCAGACAGGGUCGUGCAGCCCCUCCAACGACGACGCAGAUCUCGUGGAAAGGGCGUCCCUUGUUUUCCAUUCUUAUUACCUUAAGAACGACAUGGCCAGCGAGAGCUGUAAUUUCUCAAACACCGCCACUGUCACCCCUCAGGAACCUAAUUAUGAUGGAUGCAAAUUUCCGAGCUAUAUCGACGGAAAUAUUGUAAAUGGGGCACCUGGACCUAAUCCGGAUGUCAGCAAUACAAACUCAAUCAGAUAUGGCAGAUGAGCUACAGCCUAUAAGGAUACAACUAGGAGGAGAAGAUAUCCAAAUUUUGCUAUCGGACAAAGAAACGCUACUCGAACAUGCUCGUGAGCGGCACGAUUCGCUGAUCGCCUCAUAAACUUAACAGCAUCGGAAGUUGAUUCUUCAAAUUUUAAUGUAUGUAUGGAGUGUCGAAUAUUAUAUCUUUGUGUGGAGAUCGAUCGAAAUGGUUCAUAUAAAAUGCUUGCUUGAUUCUCACA